AACAUUUGUAAGUAUGUUUCAUCUGUUACGUUCCUUAACAACCAAAAGCCUCGGUGGUUACUUUUUGCAUAUCGCGCUCCGUUUUGAGUUCACUCUGCGUGGUGCCGUUUUGGCCAUCCUUCUUCGUUCCCUUUCAAAUCCUAAUCUACCGAUCAGAUCCCAAAUUGGGAACACCUCAUGGCAGCAAUGUUCAAUUCGGUUGGUCCCCUCGCACUUCUCACCCUGGCAUUGUCCUUUAGCCUCGCGUAUUCGAUGCAGUUCGAGCUUCAUAUGGGUCACACCAAGUGCAUUUCAGAGGACAUUAAGGGCGGUGCGAUGAGUGUAGGAAAGUACAGUGUCGUCAACCCAUCCGAAGGUUACCCAAAGUCCGAUUCCCACAGGAUCAUUGUCAAGGUGUCAUCGCCUCAUGGGAACAUGUAUCACUUUGGGGAUCAUGUGGAAUCUGGUAAUUAUGCAUUUACGGCAUCUGAACCUGGUGACCACACGACUUGCUUUUGGCUUCCGGAUGAGAAGGAUGCGCCACCAAUGGUGAAUGUUGAAUUUGAGUGGAGAACUGGGGUUGCUGCAAAAGACUGGUCCAAGAUUGCCAAGAAAGGGCAGGUUGAAGUAAUGGAAUUUGAGUUGAAGAAGCUAUAUGAUACUGUCUUAUCAAUCCAUGAUGAAAUGUUUUAUCUUCGAGAAAGGGAGGAAGAGAUGCAAGAUCUUAACAAGGCAACUAACACCAAGUUGUUUACUUUAAGUUUCCUUUCGAUUGCGGUUUGCUUGUCUGUGGCUGGUCUACAAAUAUGGCAUUUGAAGACAUUCUUUGAGAGGAAGAAGCUCCUCUAAAUUCAUAGCACGAAGUUUGUUCACUUUGCUUCUAUUUUUUUAUUUAAUUUCCCGUUCCCUGGUUGUUCCUUGUGUAUCCAAGUGUAUGAUUAUUACAUCUUUCAUUUUUUUUACACUUCAUUUCAUGGUAAUUAGGAAUAUCUGCCCAUUGCACGUCAUGCUAAAUGUAUUUGUAUUAACUUCUGAAUAAUAGUUACCUUUCUCUACAGAUCCUUUAAUUUGUAAUUUGAAUGAUUAUUCUUUUUC